UUGCAGCUGUCGCUGAAGGAGGCUCAGUCUCGGGUGUUGGAGCUGGAGCAGGAGCUGAGCUCCCUCCAGAAGGAGCGAGAUGAAGCUCAGGAAGCAGCUCUUCAGCUGCAGAGCUCUGUGGACCAACUCAUAGAGCAGAGGCAGACUGAAGUUAGACACAAUGACGAGUUGCUGCAGAGUUUCAAAGAGCAGGCCGCUCAAUCUGCCACCAAGGUGAGUGAACUGCAGUCGUCUCUGUCAGCAUGCAGAGAGGAGCUGAACUUAUACCUGCAGCAGAUGGAGAAGGAAAGGAAAAACUAUGAGAGUGAUCUGCAGAUGAACAAAGACAAGGUGUCCUCCCUGCAGGAGAAGCUCCACAAUGCCACCCUGACCUGUCAGAGCUCCAGCAAGGAGAACGUGCAGUUGCAGCUUUCUCUCCAGCAGCAGCAGAUCAUGCUGACCGAGAGCACCGCCCACAUCUCUGAACUGGAAGGGAGUCAGAGCCAGCUGCAGAAGCAG